ACACGAACGUUAAAGCACGCAACACCAGAAAAUCCAACUUAUGGUGUUCCCAAUGGCUCUUCUUAAGAUCGCCGCCCACUGGUUGCGCUCUGGUAGCCGUGAAGCCAAAAAGCUAAAAAGCUACACCCAGCUCCUGCACAGAACCUCUUCUUUCCGCUCCCUCCAAGUCCUUUCCCUCUGCCCGAGCGUAGCCAAAUGUUCUUUAGAAGGCAGAGAGUCACCAUCCAUAGCAUGUGACUUCCAAUCUACUCUCCUCACGACCCGCUCCUUCUUCCCUUUCUUCAUGCUUCUCGCCUUCGAAGGCGGUGGCCUCCUUAGAGCCCUCCUUUUGCUACUAUCCUAUCCGAUUUUCUUAGUCCUCGGCCACAACCAUCAUGUGCUCAGCUUAAGAAUCAUGACCUUCAUCUCGUUCUGCGGCCUUCGGAAGAAAGACGUCGAUUUAGUAGCCAGGGCAGUGCUUCCCAAGUUCUUUUUGGAGAACUUGGACGCCCGAGCAUAUCAAGUAUGGGCUUCAUGUAAGGGGAAGAAGGUGGUGGUCACUGGCGCUCCGAGGGUUAUGGUUGAGUGGUUCCUGAAGGAUUAUUUGGGCGCUAACGAGGUUGCCGGGGCUGAGAUGAAGGUUGUUGGUGCAGGAGCUUGGUGUUUCUUCACGGGUCUCAUUGAUGGUGGACUUGGUGUUGCUUCGAAGCAUAAAGUUAUCAGGGAUAUCUUUAGCGAGGCCAAACCUGACAUAGGCCUUGUUAGCUUUGGGAAUCCGCAUGAUCAUAUCUUCCUCUCCAACUGCAAGCAAACAUACUUAGUAAACAAAGAAAAAAGCGACAGAGCCACCCUUCCGCGAGAGAAAUAUCCAAAGCCUUUGAUCUUCCACGAUGGCCGGCUCGCCUUCCUUCCAACUCCAGCAUCCGUGCUCGCUCUCUUCCUCUGGCUUCCAUUUGGAUUAUUUCUAUUCUUCAUACGUGCAGCCAUCGGCCAUCUCCUACCCUACAAACUCGCCAAAGUCAUUGUCCCCUUAACUGGACUCCGCCUACGCAUCGAUGGACUUCCUCUCCCGACAACUCACAGCAACCAAAAAGGAGUCCUUUACGUCUGCAACCACCGCACCCUCCUCGACCCUUUGUUUGUAGGCACCGCUAUCAACCGCCCGCUCACUGCCGUCACCUACAGCCUUAGCCCAAUAUCCGAACUGCUUUCUCCCAUAAAAACCGCGAGGCUCAGCAGAGAUCGAAAACUUGACGCCGCGAAGAUAACCAAAUUGCUUAAUGAAGGAGACCUAGUGGUCUGUCCCGAGGGGACGACGUGCCGUGAACCUUAUCUUCUACGUUUCAGCGCUCUCUUCGCCGAGUUGUCAGACAACAUGGUGCCUGUAGCCAUCGACACCAACGUGGACAUGUUCUACGGAACGACGGCGAGCGGCUUCAAGUUCUUGGAUCCGGUCUUCUUCCUAAUGAACCCAAUGCCAGAAUACGUCCUCCGGUUCCUUGGCCCCGUGCCGGCGGAGAUGACAUGCGCCGCCGGCCGCACAGCUAUGGAGGUGGCCAACGGGAUACAGAAGAAGCUUGCUGAUGCUUUGGGGUUUGAGUGCACGUCGUUGACUAGAAAGGACAAGUAUUUGAUGCUUGCAGGCAAUGAAGGUAUUGUGGAGCAGCGAAAGAGCAGGAGAAGUUGAGCGGUGAAAAUAAAAAGGAAAUAGAUAAUAUUUAAUUGCGUGUAUUUAUUUGUUUGUAUAUUGUGAUUAAAAUGUAAUUUUAUUCUUGUUGGUUUUAUUGUUGUUGAGAUUUCUAUACAUUAGCGGUGAUUAAUUAAUGUUUCUAUAUUGUUCAUUGGAA